AUGGCGCAUUUCAUAGAUAAUCUUAGACAGUUCUUUGAAGAGUUUUUAAGAUGUAUUGGGGAAGCAAUUGCGGGGAUGAGUUCAGAAUACGAACCAAAUCGUGUGGACAGCCUGUUAUACAGGCUAUCGGAAUUUGAAACCACACUUGGAUUAAUUUCAAGUCGUGUUGGAGAAUAG